CAUAAAGUAGUAUAGAUUAGUAUAAAGGGACAUAGUUACCAUUUUUUUGCUCUAAAAAAACAAUUUUCCCUAUUUUAUUUGAGUUUGUAAUAUCGAGAAAAGUUAGAAAAAGCCUUUCGCCGCACCGCCUGCCUGAUGUUAACAAAAAGGAGAGAAGAAUUAACAUUCGAAUUCGGAUUCUUCAUCGUCUCUCUCUCGCUCCAAUCCUGAAACGCUAACCCUAAUUACCUUUCGAAUCUGAUACACUCAGAGAUUCCCUUCUCCGCCUAUAUAUAAAUUUCAGGUGCUGUAGACGUAUCAUUAUUACUCAUGGCGUCGAUGGCACUGACUUCUCCUCCCGGCGUUAAGAUUCCUUCUUACAUGGCCGCCUCCUCGUCUUCGUCUCUCUUCUCCCGCUCCUCGAUUUCAUUCAGGACCGUUGAAUCUCGCUCCCGUUUCUGCGUUUCCGCGAAAUGCAAUUUGAACGGGAACGCUCGUAUCCCAAUAAUCAAUGAGACGACACUUCCAAAGUACUUUGAUUCUUCCCGGUUGGAGAAAUCGGCCAGUAGAGCCAAUACCAAGCUCAAGUUGUUCUCUGGCACUGCCAAUCCAGCUCUUUCUCAGGAAAUCGCCUGGUAUAUGGGCUUGGAGCUUGGGAAGAUCAGCAUAAAGAGGUUUGCUGAUGGAGAGGUCUACGUUCAGCUGAAAGAGAGUGUUAGAGGCUGUGAUGUCUUCUUGGUGCAGCCGACUUGCACUCCAACUAAUGAGAAUCUCAUGGAGCUUUUGAUCAUGGUGGAUGCCUGCAGAAGAGCGUCCGCUAAGAAAGUCACAGCUGUGAUUCCUUAUUUUGGAUACGCGAGAGCUGAUAGAAAGACACAAGGGCGUGAAUCCAUUGCUGCCAAACUGGUGGCGAACCUUAUAACAGAAGCUGGUGCGGAUCGGGUUCUUGCAUGUGAUCUUCAUUCAGGACAGUCCAUGGGUUAUUUUGACAUACCCGUGGAUCAUGUUUAUUGCCAGCCUGUGAUACUUGAUUACCUUGCUAGCAAGUCGAUUUCCUCAAAGGAUUUGGUUGUGGUUUCUCCUGAUGUUGGUGGAGUAGCAAGGGCACGUGCUUUUGCUAAGAAGUUAUCUGAUGCGCCACUCGCUAUUGUUGAUAAAAGGCGCCACGGCCACAAUGUUGCUGAGGUGAUGAACCUCAUUGGUGAUGUUAAAGGGAAAGUUGCUGUGAUGGUGGAUGAUAUGAUUGAUACCGCUGGAACCAUUGUGAAAGGAGCAGCUCUUCUGCAUGAGGAGGGUGCUCGUGAGGUUUACGCUUGCUGCACGCACGCUGUUUUCAGUCCGCCUGCGAUAGAGCGGUUAUCGAGCGGUUUGCUGCAAGAAGUGAUAGUGACGAAUACUUUACCGGUAGCGGAGAAGAAUUACUUCCCGCAGCUAACGAUUUUAUCGGUGGCUAAUCUUCUGGGUGAGACCAUUUGGCGUGUCCAUGAUGAUAGCUCCGUUAGCAGCAUUUUUCUUUGAUGUUUUGUUUUUCUUAAUCGGUUUAAGGUUCGGUUUAGGAUUGGUUUACGUUCUUUCUUUCUUCUAUUCACAGUUUUUAUAUCCCUUAACUAUGUUUUUUGGUCAAUUUUGCUUCUAUUUCUCGCUCAUACUUUGUCACUUGUCUGAGUUCUACUUUUUCAUCUUAUUUUUUAGUUUAGACUUUAGAGGUAUCAAUAAUAUUAAAUUUUAAUAUUUACAUUUUGCAAUGUUAUCAUAAUGAUAUAUGAUAAUUUAUAAUUUCUGGUGA